AUGGAUUGGAGAAAACUUUUCGGCUAUCAACAGGGGCACGAGCUUCAAUUCUUCCCACCAAAAUCUCGCGAUUCCAACCCCAUUAUUCAGCCUCCUCCAGAAGUUUAUAAAGCUGGGAUUGCCGAAUGGAGGACAUCUCUCGUGGGUCAAUUCCUUGGGGCUGCACCAAAUUUCACUACUAUGCAGAGGAUCAUUGAGAAUCUAUGGAAUAACCCAAAUAAGGGGAUUCACAUCCAGGUGAGUUUCGCAGGCAGUAACUUAUAUUUAUUCACUUUCAAUUCUGAUUCUGCAAGAAAUUGGGUUAUGGAAAAUGGUCCUUGGCACAUAUUAAACAUACCUUUAAUCUUAAGGAAAUGGGAACCUAACUCAACUAGACUGCACUUUGAUCUUUCUCGCAUUCCCUUAUGGGUUCAUCUGUAUAGUGUUUCGUUUGAAUUAUUUUUAAGAGAGGGUCUAAGUUAUAUUGCUAGUGCAAUAGGAAUCCCUCUUUCGAUGGAUUCUAUCACAGCUUCAAAGACACGAUUAGAAUUUGCUAAAAUAUGUGUGGAGAUAGGAGUAAAUGAUGAAAUUCCUAAAACUAUUGAUGUAAUCUUUGCUAAUGGCCAAUCUACUUCUGUCUACGUUGAAGUACCUUGGUUUCCUUCAAGCUGCAAACGAUGCAAUACAUUUGGCCACAAUGAUAAAGGAUGUUUGGCUAAAGCUUCUGGUGUUUCUAAUCCUUCUCAAGUCUGGAGAAAUAAAGGAGAUUAUCUUCCUUUAGCUCCUAACAACAUUCCUAUUAAUAUUGGUUCUACUCAAGACAAUUCUUAUUAUGAUCCUACAAAAGAUUGUAAUUCUUCAAAGGAACCUUCUAAUACCUCUGCCUCUGAGGACCCCUCUUCAUCCUCCCCGGUUCCUGUAGGGAUUUUCUCUACCCAUAUCAAUUCUGACUCUUAUAAAGAACCACUAAAUUCUUCUUUAUGCCUUUUGGGCACUAUUGUUGUGAAUGAUCAGUCUUCAUCUUUACUUACAACAUCAGAGGUUUCUUUACCAAUCACUGUUAAUGACCCCCUUGAAGUAGGUUCUCUUUCUCCUUCACCUUCAGAAUUAGGAAAUAAAUCUGCUUCUCUUCCUAAAAGAGGUAGAGAAAGAUCUGUCAAGAUUAAAUCAAAGAAUGCUCUCAAAGGAUCCUCCAAUAGAUUUGAGGUCCUUAGUACUGUUGACGAAACUUCUUCCUCCUUGGAGGAUCACAAUAGAAAACCAAGGUCUACUUCUUUGGGUGUGGCUUUAUUAAUCAAAGACCUCAAAAACAAAAAGAAAGAAUAUCUUAUUAAAGCUAAAAGUCUUUCAGAAAGUGUCAAUGGGAGUGAUCUGGGCUUCUCUUCUCAAUGA